AUGAAAAUUUGUUUUAAUUUCACAAAAUAAACUUUGUGCAAUAGAUCAUUUUCUCAAGCAGAUGUUCCAUUUGUUGCUUAUUAGGCAGGUAUAUAAUUUAUGUUUAUAUUGAGGUUUGAGCUUUAAUAUGGAUUUAAACAGUCCUUUCAGAUGGACACCAAAAAUCUAGAAAAUUGAACAAACACCUGAAUUUUUAAAGAAAAUGAAAUAUUUUUAGAGACUUACAAUAAUGGAAGAUCAUCACUAUUCUGAACUAAUUGAUACAUUUCUAUUUUAAGCACUUAAAAAUACAGAUUUUGAUUACUACUAUGAUUAUAAAUGCGAAUCUAAUCCUUAGUACUUUUAAAGUUCAUCUAUUUUAGUUGUCCUUUUUAUGGAAACAUACCAUUUUUAAUUUAUAAUAAAGUCAACAAAUACCCUAUAAUUCCUGUUAUGAGAACUAAACCAAUUAAUGCAUUUACUUUGGUGGCUAAAGAAAGAGAAAUGCUUAUAACUGAGGCUGUUGCAGCAGGAUUAUGGGCAUUGACUAAUUCUUAAGUAUAAAAACUCGAUAGAGUAAGAAUGUUAUAAACAGAUGGAAAUCAUUGGAGAAUGUUAGAACUAUGUAAAUAUUUCAAUAAAUUAUUAAAAGGCAAAAAUGAGAAAUUUAAAAAGACAGGUAUCUAUUGUUAAGAAAAUGAUAGUUAUAGCAAAAUAUAUUAUGAUUAUGAAGUUUAAUAGGUCAUUCUAGGAUUAAUUAGAUAUUCACUAAAUUAAAUGGAUGAGAAAGAACAAGCACUUAAUUUAAUAUAUGAUUUUGUUGAUGAAAGAAGAUAUUUAACACAUGAAGGUGCUCCUCCAAAAGCAACUGCAAAAUUUUGGAAAUUUGUACCUUAAUCAAUUAAGAACUUUUUCUUUUGA